CUCUAUCGGCGUUUAGCCCCUUGUACCCGAGUGUAAUACUCAGCAUGUCGGAGACUGCUCCUGCCGCUCCUGCUGCCGCGCCCCCUGCGGAGAAGACCCCAGUGAAGAAGAAGGCGGCCAAAAAGCCAGCUGGGGCUCGCCGCAAGGCGUCAGGUCCCCCUGUGUCCGAGCUCAUCACUAAGGCUGUUGCCGCCUCCAAGGAGCGCAGCGGCGUGUCUUUGGCUGCGCUCAAGAAGGCGCUGGCGGCCGCCGGCUACGAUGUGGAGAAGAACAACAGCCGCAUCAAGCUGGGGCUCAAGAGCCUGGUGAGCAAAGGCACCCUGGUCCAGACCAAGGGCACCGGCGCCUCCGGCUCUUUCAAACUCAACAAGAAGGCGGCCUCUGGGGAAGCCAAGCCCAAAGCCAAGAAGGCGGGUUCGGCUAAACCCAAGAAGUCUUCUGGAGUAGCUAAGAAGCCCAAGAAGGCGACUGGGGCAGCCACCCCAAAGAAGACUGCUAAGAAGACCCCAAAGAAGGCAAAGAAGCCGGCGGCUUCUGUGGCUAAGAAAGUGGCCAAGAGUCCGAAGAAGGCUAAGGCUGCUAAGCCGAAGAAGGCUGCCAAGAGUGCAAGUAAGACCGUGAAGCCUAAGGCCGCCAAGCCCAAGGUUGCGAAGCCUAAGAAGGCUGCAUCCAAAAAGAAGUAGACCUUUACAAUGUCUGCUUCUAGAACCCCAAAAAGGCUCUUUUCAGAGCCACCA